AUGAUUGGAACAUUCCGCUUAAACAAGGGUGAGGUCAUUCAAAUACUUGUAGGUCAAGAGGGAGGAAUAAACAAGAUAUAUAUUGGUUCUGGCGGUGGUGGAGGUACAUUUGUAGUGAGAGGAGCCGACUCACCUUUGAUAAUAGCUGGAGGCGGAGGAGGCACAGAAUGUGUUUUGUCAAGGCAUAAAGGAUGCGACGCCAGUACAAAUACAACGGGGAAUCCUGGAUACAGAUCAUGGUCAGGGGGGAGCAAUGGGCAUGGUGCUCAAACUGCUGAUGAUAAUGAUUCAGGUAAGAUAAUACUGUGAUGAUCCCUUACCUCUCAGCUCCUUAUUAAUUAAUGUGUUAAUGUAUGCUUCAAAUUUAAAUAAUCGGCCCUAGUCCCCCCCCAAAAAACAACAAUAACCACUGACACUAGCUAGGAAAAGCACCAGUUUAUGCAUAUAGGGAUAAUAUAGACACAUGUAAAAAUAUUAAACCUAACGGAUGGCAGCUCAAUAGAAAUACAUCAUACACAGGUAUGACCACGUUGAUAUAGGUACAUUAGGGGAUUUAAAAAAAGCAAAGUCUACGACCUUAAUCAUCAAUGGUUUUUGUUUUUUAUUUUCUCAGGGGGUGGUGGUGGUGGGUUUUACUCCAGUGGAAGAAGUGGAAAGGAUUUCAAUGGGACCAAGGGAAACGGCGGAGAAGGUGGUAAGGGAUUUCUUCAGGGAGGGGUUGGUGGGAGAUCAGUAGAUCUCAAUGUUGUUGGUGGGUUUGGUGGAGGAGGAGGAGCUUAUGGACGGGAUAGAGGAGGAGGAGGAGGAGGAGGAGGAGGAGGAGGGUACUCUGGGGGAAGCAGUGGAGCUUUUAGGUAUAAUUCCUGUGGGGGUGGGGGCGGCUCUUACAACGAUGGAAACAACCAGGACAAUGCAUGUUGUUAUAGAACGGCUGGUCAUGGUCAGGUGACUAUCACAUUACUCUAA